AACAUGGCAAGCCCAGGUAAAGAUAACUUCAGAAUGAAAAGCUACAAGAAUAAUGCGCUUAACCCCCAAGAGAUGCGCAGACGGAGAGAGGAGGAGGGAAUCCAGCUUCGGAAGCAGAAAAGGGAAGAACAGCUGUUUAAACGCCGAAAUGUUUCUCUCCCGGGAAAUGAAGAAUCUAUGGUAGAAAGUCCAAUUCAGGAUCCUGAUGUCAGCUCCACUGUCCCUAUUCCAGAGGAAGAAGUUAUUACAGUAGAUAUGGUACAGAUGAUUUUCUCGGAUGAUCCUGAUCAGCAGCUCACAGCAACUCAGAAAUUCAGAAAAUUGCUAUCUAAAGAGCCUAAUCCACCUAUAGAUGAAGUCAUACAAAAGCCAGGAGUAGUACAGAGAUUUGUGAAAUUUCUAGAGAGAAGUGAGAAUUACACUCUGCAAUUUGAAGCAGCUUGGGCUUUGACAAACAUUGCAUCCGGAACUUUUCUACACACCAAAGUUGUAAUUGAAACUGGAGCUGUUCCAAUUUUUAUUAAGUUGCUUAGUUCAGAACAUGAAGAUGUACAGGAGCAGGCAGUGUGGGCUCUCGGUAACAUAGCUGGUGAUAAUGCAGAAUGCAGAGACUUUGUUUUAAACUGUGGAAUAUUACCACCCCUCUUGGAACUGUUAACAAAUUCAAAUCGUCUUACAACAACUAGAAAUGCAGUCUGGGCUCUCUCAAAUCUCUGUAGAGGAAAGAACCCCCCUCCAGACUUCAGUAAGGUUGCUCCUUGCUUAAACGUUUUGUCAAGACUGUUGUUCAGCAGCGACCCGGAUGUAUUAGCAGAUGCUUGCUGGGCCCUUUCCUACCUUUCAGAUGGUCCCAAUGAUAAAAUCCAAGCUGUUAUUGAUUCUGGAGUGUGUCGAAGAUUAGUAGAGCUGCUUAUGCAUAAUGAUUACAAGGUGGUAUCCCCUGCACUGAGAGCAGUUGGAAAUAUUGUUACUGGGGAUGAUAUCCAAACACAGGUAAUCCUGAACUGCUCUGCAUUACCUUGUCUCUUGCACUUGCUUAGUAGUCCCAAGGAAUCUAUUCGAAAAGAAGCAUGCUGGACUGUUUCUAAUAUCACUGCAGGAAACAGAGCUCAGAUCCAGGGUGUUAUAGAUGCAAAUAUUUUUCCAAUAUUGAUUGAAAUUCUUCAAAAAGCUGAAUUUCGCACCAGAAAAGAAGCAGCGUGGGCCAUAACUAAUGCAACAUCAGGAGGAACCCCUGAACAGAUUAGGUAUUUGGUAGCACUGGGUUGUACCAAGCCUCUUUGUGACCUCCUGACCGUGAUGGAUUCAAAAAUAGUACAGGUGGCUUUAAAUGGACUUGAAAAUAUUCUGCGCCUUGGAGAGCAAGAGUCUAAGCAAAAUGGAAUGGGCAUUAAUCCUUAUUGUGCCCUCAUAGAGGAAGCAUAUGGACUUGAUAAAAUUGAGUUUCUUCAGAGGCAUGAGAACCAAGAGAUCUACCAAAAGGCUUUUGAACUCAUAGAACAUUACUUUGGUGUUGAAGAAGAGGACUCCAGUAUUGCACCUCCGGUGGAUGAGAGUCAGCAGCAGUUUGUGUUUCAGCAGCAGGAGGCUCCAAUGGAAGGCUUUCAGCUGUAAACUACAGGAGUAAAGACAAGCAUCAAAUGUAACCACUUGUACGGUUUUGGGUUUUUUGUUGCCCCAGGGGUCUUUUCUUUAUGGCCAAAGUUAGAGGAAAAGUGGAAUGCGUUUUGUAGAAACAGAUGAAGAAGCAGCUCAUGCACUUUUAUAUGUUAUGUUAGAUACAACUGUUCUGUGUUUUGUGUUUUUCAUUAUCUCUUAUGUACAGAAAACAACUGUGAGUAAUCCUGUCUAAAGUAAAGCAUUAAAUGUGAUUUAGCAAGAACUGUUAAGCUAAGACUUGGUAGGAUUUUAGGUAGUUGUUCUGAAUUUUUCAUGUAGUCUCAAACUGCAUAUCAGCAAUACAGUUACUGACAGUUGCAUUUUUGGCAGUAGGCUUGACUUGCCCAGACUAUCAAAUCUACCUCUUAUAUUGAAGCAAAAGCAGUGCUUCAGAACUAAGGCAUGAAAUAAAGAUGAGCUUGAUAGAAGCUGAA